AUGGCAAAAUGCUUGGUCAAGAUUAGGACUCAACGAAGUCUCCACUUGCACAUGAUGAACCACUGCAGCAGUAAUGUGUUUGUUCGUCUGCUGAAACAUGGCUCCAAGGUCAUACCUCGAAAUGCUGGUGCCCCAGUGAAGGGAGCUCAGAGUGAAUAUUGUUCAAGUGAAGAGGGAGAUAGAGGAAAAGAAGACCCCUUAACCCUCUCUGCACUAGCAUACAAUCCCAGCUCCAGCCUGCUCCCUACUCAGGAGGAUGAUGAUGAAGUAGACAUGCUCUUUGACUGUCCAUCUACGUUUGUGUUAGAAAGAGAAGACACGGAUUCAUUUGAGGAACUAGAAGCAGAUGAAAAUGCCUUUUUGAUGGCUGAAGAGGAGAAGGUGAAGGAAGCCCGCCAAGCUUUGUCAUGGAGCUAUUCCAUCCUGACCGGCCGUAUUUGGCUAAACCCUCUGGUCAAGCGUUGCUCCAGGCUCCUUGUGGUGGGCCUGGGAUUGCUUCUAUUUGUAUUUCCCCUCCUCCUCCUCCUUUUGGAGUCAGUUCCAGUCUCUAUGCCAUAA